AACUUUACAAAGGAUCACUACAAUCAACUGCAAAUCUUCAUAUCUUGUGCUGUCCUAGGCAAAGAUCACAAAAGCAAACAUGUCUGGAGUUAAAGGAGGACAUCAGAAAGCCCAAUGCAAGGACCCGUGCCAGAAGCAGACAAUCUGCCAGGAUCCAUGCCAGAAGCAAACCAUCUGCCAGGAUCCAUGCCAGAAGCAGACUUUCUACCAGGAUCCAUGCCAGAAGCAGACCAUCUGCCAGGAUCCAUGCCAGAAGCAGACCAUCUGCCAGGAUCCAUGCCAGAAGCAGACUUUUUACCAGGAUCCAUGCCAGAAGCAGACCAUCUGCCAAGACUCAUGCCAAGAUCCCUGCAAGCCUAUACAGCAGUGCCAAGGAUAUCAAAAAGAUCCUUGCAACCCCUGUGUUCCUGAUCCUUGCCAGUCUCAAGGAAAAUAUUACUGAAAGGACAAACCUGAGGCCAUA